AUGGCGCAUGAAGUGAACAGACUUUUCCCGUGUAUAGGACAUUUACCUAGUCUCUUGAACAUAAUUCCGAAUGUAGCCAUUGUCCAAGCUUUGCUCGAGUUCUGGGACCCGGACAGCUCUGUUUUCCGAUUUGGAGGGUGCGAAUUGACACCAACCCUGGAGGAGAUAGAAGGAUUGUUACAAGUGCCUGGGAAGGGUCACCCUAUGGUAUACCCAAUGAAUGGCACCAGAGAACAAUUUUGUAAGUUCUUAGGGUUGAAACAGUGUAGCAUGAGUCAACACCCGGACGUGAGAUCAUGCCCGCUGGAGUUCUUAUACAAGCGAUUCGGGGAAAAGGAAUCCUAUGAUCAUCACCACGGGGAUUUUUUCGUUAGUAGAGAACAGUGGGAAGAGAAACGAGUACUAGCUUUUGGGAUAACUCUGAUUAAUCUACUCCUGUUUCCGAAAAAGCAUGGGAAAGUUACGUUUUCAACGGUCAACAUGGUUCAGAGUGUGUUUUUGGGAAUUAGAGGGAAAACUCCUACCCUAGUACCCGUUAUCAUUGCUGACAUUUUCGCCGCUAUUACUGAAUGCCAAAAGAAGAGGGGGUUUUUCUAUGCAUCCAACCUAGUACUUCAAAUGUGGGCCAUGGAACAUCUGUCAAAAAGAACACUGAAUCCGUUGGGAUCAUGCCUUCCAACAGCAAAUUGGGUUGAGUCGCACCGAGAGAGGGUUAGAAAAUACUAUCGAACAGAGUCUCCGAGUUUGUUUAUUCAGGAAUUUAAUGCUUUGACUUCGGAUCAGAUACAAUGGGUUCUUGAUUGGACGAAAGUAAGGGAUCCAGCUUUUAGGACAACACAACUUGAUUUUAUCCCGUUGGCAAGCACUGGGGGAUUGAUUGCGUAUGUACCACAACGAGUUAUGAGACAGUUUGGGUAUCCGCAGCGAGUGCCGACCAUACAAAGGAUGGGGAACAUCGAACUCAAUACAGUCACCGAAUGCCAGACCAUGGUGCUGGAAGCUUGGGGGAAUCUGUGUAGUCUGGACAACCUGCAUUUGGACCAAGUGGAUAAAGCAGAGCCUAAGGUCGUCUUAGAGUACAACGAAUGGAUCAAAUCAAUGAUGGAACAAGGAAGAGAAAGGGCAUCGUUGGUCCCCCUUAGUCUUGAGGAGCAGAAUGAAAAGUUGAGGAAAGAGUUGGAGAAUCAUCAGUUGCAGAUCAUGGUAGCCGAUCAAGCAUUGGAAGACGCCCGCUUACAAUUGAAGAAAGAGGCCAAAAAGACCGAGAAAUUGGAAAAGGCAUUGAGUGCAUUUGGUAAAAUCCAAGAUGAAAUUCGGAAACUCAGUAUAGGGAGUUCUAGGGAAUCCCAACAUACUAAACUAGCUAGACAUGAAGACUUUGUAAGAAUGGUUGGUCGAACCAUCAAUGAAAUUGUAAAGAAGGACUGA